GGUUUGGGCGGAGCGGCUGGCCGAGGGCGGGGCCGUGUGGAGGAGGAAGCAGGCCAGGCCGGGCGGCGGCUCACCAGGGCGAACCAUGGACAGCCAGGGCAGGAAGGUGGUGGUGUGCGACAACGGCACUGGGUUUGUGAAGUGUGGAUAUGCAGGCUCUAACUUUCCAGAACACAUCUUCCCAGCUUUGGUUGGAAGACCUAUUAUCAGAUCAACCACCAAAGUGGGAAACAUUGAAAUCAAGGAUCUCAUGGUUGGCGAUGAGGCAAGUGAGCUGCGCUCCAUGUUGGAAGUGAACUACCCGAUGGAGAACGGCAUCGUGCGCAACUGGGACGAUAUGAAGCACCUGUGGGACUACACCUUCGGGCCAGAGAAGCUCAGUAUAGACACCAGAAACUGCAAAAUCUUACUGACAGAACCCCCCAUGAACCCAACCAAAAACAGAGAGAAGAUCGUUGAGGUAAUGUUUGAAACUUACCAGUUUUCUGGUGUAUAUGUAGCCAUCCAAGCAGUUCUGACUUUGUAUGCUCAAGGUUUACUGACUGGUGUGGUAGUGGACUCUGGAGAUGGUGUCACUCACAUUUGCCCAGUAUAUGAAGGCUUUUCCCUCCCUCACCUUACAAGGAGGCUGGAUAUUGCUGGGAGGGAUAUUACCAGGUAUCUUAUCAAGCUGCUGCUGUUGCGAGGAUACGCCUUCAACCAUUCUGCUGACUUUGAGACAGUUCGCAUGAUUAAAGAAAAACUUUGUUAUGUGGGUUACAAUAUUGAGCAAGAGCAGAAGCUGGCCUUAGAGACCACAGUGCUAGUUGAGUCAUACACUCUUCCAGAUGGACGUAUUAUUAAGGUUGGAGGAGAAAGAUUUGAAGCACCAGAAGCUUUAUUUCAGCCUCAUUUGAUCAAUGUUGAGGGGGUUGGUGUUGCUGAAUUGCUUUUUAACACAAUCCAGGCAGCCGACAUUGAUACCAGAUCUGAAUUUUACAAGCACAUUGUGCUUUCUGGAGGUUCUACCAUGUAUCCUGGCCUGCCGUCGAGGUUGGAACGAGAGCUUAAACAGCUUUACCUAGAACGAGUUCUGAAAGGAGAUGUGGAGAAACUUUCGAAAUUUAAGAUCCGCAUUGAAGACCCGCCUCGCAGGAAGCACAUGGUAUUCUUGGGUGGAGCAGUCCUAGCAGACAUCAUGAAAGACAAAGACAACUUCUGGAUGACCAGACAAGAGUACCAAGAAAAGGGUGUCCGUGUGCUGGAGAAACUCGGUGUGACUGUUCGAUAAAAUAGCAGGCUUGUCCCCAUCACGCCUCUAAUGCUUUUUCUUUUUCCCUUUUUAAAAAAAAAAUUCUUUAAUGCCAAUCUUUAAACUCAUUCAACUCCAGGACUGAAGGAGGCCUCUCUGUUCCUUUUGACAGAAAGGUCAAGUUUUUUUCUCUGUCUUGGGGAAGCUUUGCUGAAUUCUUGUUAAUAUGGGUAAACCUGGUUGUUUAAGGCAGCCGGUUCUCUGCAGACCUAACUGAGGGCAAAGGGUUGCUGCUGCUUCGUUCCUUUCUGUGUAGGCAUUGAGAUAUUCUUCAGGCUUCCAGUCUUUGCUUCAUUGCUCUAACGCUGCUAGAUUUAGUUUUAGCGCUGUAGGUGGUAUGUCUUUAUUAGCAUAAAAAACUUUCCCAGGAGCUCUUACAUAGUCUGGGUGGGGGUGGUGAGGGAUGGGUGGGCAGCCCUAGCCCUUGAGGGCCUUUCCUCUGUAGUGUUAGCUUUCAGCAGUUACCUGCUGCCCCUUUUUAGUACCUGAAGCGUCUCUGAUUAACAUCUUAGGGAAAUAUUCAGCUCAGAACUAAGGUGUUUGGGGCAGGUUUUUAUGUGAUGAAACAAAUGGGUGGUCUUUCUAUUGUGAUUUUUGAGGUUUCUGCUUCUGGGUACAAAAGAUGAAUGAACCUCAUUUACCAUACUUGGACUUGGUAGGGUCUCUUCUUUCGGUCUGCCUGGGACUGUUUCCAUGUGACAGGAUAAAAGCAAGCCUAGAGGCUUAGGGGAUGUUUGCUCUUUAAGUAAGCCUAUCAGCUGGGAGUAUAUUUCCUAGACUACCAGUGAAAAAGCUUUUGCUAGGUCAAAUUGCAGAUAGAAAAUUGCUCAAGGGCCAGCAUUUUCUAAAUGCUGUUUUUGCUGGAAGCAUUGAGGUAAUGAUACCAAGUUCCAUUCUUGAAAGCUUCACGUUUCUGUUCCUGAUCAGUGCUUCUUGACAAAAGCAGCUGUACAGAGAAGUCAGUCGUGGCCGAGUUAAUCAUAAUUGCUGUGUUAGCAUUGACACUGGGACUUGGUGCCAGCUGUGUUGUGUUGUGUUUUCAUGAGACCUGGGACUACAAUUUUAGCAACAACAACCACAAUAGAAAAUUUACCAGUAGUCACCUAUGUCUGGUCAGUCAUGGAGGCCUUUCCCCAGCCCUCUCUUGUUCUUGCAGGAAGAGUGCAGACCUGUCAGGAAACCCUAUUCAUGAGUCCUGUUGGUAUUGUCUGUCAACUCAGAGACAGUCGGAGGGUACCCAGGUGUGAGGUCUACCUAACACUGAAAAAUGAAUGAGAAGCUGUAUCACAGAAAAUACAAAAUGAUGAUUCUGAGAGAAAUAUUUUCCUUCGUUUCAGAAUAUUCUUUACUAAUGAUGAAUUUGAAAGGAGGCUUUUUUCCUUUUUCUUUGUUUUUGGAUGCUUAAAAUCAGAAUUUUUAAUGAAUUUUUUUUUUAGGUAACUUUAUAAUUAGUUCAUAUAAAAUCAGCAGCAAAAGGAAGUUUGUCUUAAUAAUGCAGCUUCUGUGAUAUUAAGUAUUUUUACCUCAAUUUGAACAAAUAGGAGAAGUCUGUGUGCAUGCUGGACAUGCUCAGUACACACAAUAGCCUGCCGGUGCCGGCUGCUCGGCGUUGGGUGCGAGACUCAGAGUCACGGAACUCCUAAGCACACCUAAAUCAUGCUGUCAAAUUCUCCAGUCUUGGGAGUCCUGGCCCAUUACAGGACACAUGCUGUAUAUAGGACUGGUACCAAGGUCUAUUGAGUGUAGAAAAUGAUCAACUCUUGGCUUUGACCAUGGCUUUAAAUAAGGGGUGGAAAACAAGGAAGAACAGGAUGGAAUCGAAUAAAACAGUGAAAGAACAUUAUUCUUUGUACCUUGAAUGUAGAAUUUGUUUUUAUUUCAUAAUUCUGCUAGCAAACAUGACUGUUAAAAUGAUGUAUUUAUAUAUGUAAUAAUUUAGAGAUUCCAUUUUAUAGUUCUCCUACUCUAAGGUGAAAUGAUGAAUUUACUAAUUUGGGAGUUGGGACAUACUGUAUUCUAUUGGAGGCGUCCUUCAGGUUUGAGUCCUUCAAAAUAAAACAAAGCCUUUUUUAAAAGAUCUGAUUUUUAGCUCUUGAAACCCAUCGUCACUUAGAUUUCCAAUGCUAAUUAAAAUUCCUUUAUUUUUAAAUUACAAUCACCAAUGCCUUGAGGAACGUCUUAGAAAAUGUGGUAUUGGGUGUUAACUCCCCAGUUCUGAGUGCUGUUAGCUUCUAUCCGGCAAGUACUGGAAAGCAAUGGAAAGCUAAACAUUCUAAAUUUAACACAAUACACUUCUUUUUGAUUAAGAAAAUAAAUUAAAUUUACAAAGUAA